UUUCCUUUUAAAUUGAUUUUUAGGAGUGUCUUUUCUAAAAAAAUAAUAAAAUCAUAUUCAAAAUAAAGUAAAAUCCAAAUCCCUUAUUCUUUCUGCAUUUUCCCACGAAACUUCCCUCUUUAAUCUCUCUACUCUCCUCCUCCACCUCUACUUACUGUCUCAUUCAAGUUUUGCUUUUUGGACAAAAUUUCCUACACAAUAGUUGUUCUUCUGCUUCUUUUUUGAGAAUUUUGAUGCCCCUUUUGACUUUCUUUUUGUUUUUUUUCCUGGGUUGAUGCUUGAUUUCGAAGAUAUCAAGGAAAACAAGUUUUAAGGUUUGAUUUGUUUCCCCUAACUUUUCUUUUUUUUGAAUAUUUUAGUUAUUUUUCUCUUCUUUUGCUAAUUUUCGAGUACGGGGUUUUAAUUAAAGUUUGUUUUAUGUUUUAAAUGUGUUUAAAGGAGGUAGUAAAUACCCUCCCCCCGCCCAAAAAAAAAAAAAGGUUUUGGGGUUUUUCUCUAAUUUGUUGAUCAAAUCAUUUUCACUUUGAUUGAUUGAUUUCAUCUACUCUAGGUUCAUCAAUUAUCAUGAGCUUUUUUCUUCUAUUUUUGUCCUUCAAACAUUUUUCUUUAUAUUUCUGGCUUUGCUUAGGAUAGGUGAGGUAACAGAGCUUACCUUUGUAAAACUUCUGUGCUAAGAUGAUCAUCUAAAAUCACUUUUGAUUUUGCUGCGGUGGGGAGUUAUCAAGCUUUAAAUUGUUUGAUCCAGUGAAAGGCUUGGCUUUGAUUACCUUGGAAGUUCGUUGAUGUUAAGUUCAAUCUUCCAAAUCAUGGUUUUUGGGCCUGUUGGUGUUCUAGAUUCUGUAUAGUGGAAAACUUGGCCUGAUUGCCUUGGAAAGAUGUUCAUUGGUCCUGAUCCUGUCUGGGGUUUAUUUAUUCCAAAUCAUGGUUUUGGCUUGUUUUUGGUUUAGGGUUAGGCUUGAUUGCAUGAGAAGUUAGUCGGUGUUAAGUCAAUUACUUGAUUGGUUUUGUUCGGUUUGUUGCGAUAUUUAAAAAAAAAAAAAAUUGGGAUAUGGAUGAAUGUCAAUCUGCCAUCCCAGCACAUGAUGGAGAUCUUCAUGUGGUUGCUGCUGCUCACCAUAUUGUCAAGGCAUUAGGAACUACAAAAAAUCUUAGUGAUGAUUUGAGGAAAAUCCUUAUCGAUCUCGAUGCGCACUUGUCAUUGAUAACUUCAAAUAUCGAUAGCAAGGGAGGAAAGGGAUUCGUUGAAGUUGAGGAGCGACUGAAACGAGUAGAGAGGAAGAUUGUGAUUUGGGAGUCGGAUCGAAUAAUGAUAUGGGAUUCUGGACCCAAGGAAGCUUCCGAUUAUCUAGAAGCCGUAGAUGAAGUUCAGACACUGAUAGACAGUUUACGCGGCUUAUCCAUGAAUGAAAAUCAGAAGCAGAAGGAACUUCUUCACCGUGCAUCAAGUUUAUUGCAGAUGGCAAUGUCAAGGCUUGAGGAAGAGCUUAUUCAUAUGCUUGUUAAGCAUAAGCAACAGUCUGAGCCGACAUACAUUCCUUCCCCUUCUUCUCAAAGGAAUGUUGUUUACAAUGAGUCUGUUGUUUCAUUAGAUAAUGAGUCAGUGAAGGAAGCAUUGAGCAAAAACUCUUGUACCGACGAAUGUGGUGAAUAUAUUGUUGAUUUGGUCCCUGAACAUGUAAUUCCUGAUAUCAAGUCCAUUGCAAAGGUUAUGUUUGCUUCAGAUUACGGUCAGGAAUUUUGUGAAGCUUUCAUUGGUGUAAGGAAGGAAGCAUUGGAGCAGCAUUUUGACAUUCUCGAAAAUGGAAAACUGAGUAUUGAGGAUCUGUUGAAAAUGGAGUGGUGUAGCUUGAGUACCGAGAUGAAUAAAUGGACCUGGUCGAUGAAGAUCAUCGUCGGUGUCUAUCUCAUGAGUGAAAAACGGUUAUGUGAUCAGGUCUUAGGGAAGUUUGGAUCAGUUAAUUCAUUUUGCUUUCUUGAGAUAGCGAAGACUACAAUUCUUUGCCUCUUGAAUUUUGGUGAAGCCAUAGCAAUGGGGCCUCAAGAACCCGAAAAGCUGCUUCGUCUGCUUGACAUGUAUGAGACUUUGGCAGAUCUUGUUAUAGACAUAGAUGCAUUGUUCUCAGAAGAUGGUGGGUCUUUUGUUCGACUCGAGUUCCACAAGCUUCUUGAGGGAUUGGCUGAUUCCGUAAAAGCAGCAUUCAACGCGUUCGGAGUUGCUGUUUCUUCAAAUGGAUCAUUAUACCCCUUCCCUGGAGGUGGAGUUCAUCCUCUCAGUAAAUAUGUCAUGAAUUACAUCAGUAUGUUCCCUGAAUAUUGCAGCACCCUCAAUUUGCUUCUCGAGGAUCAACAUUCAGAUGUUGCAAGUCUAGUUAGUGAGCCACAGUGUGGACCAACUGCGUCUCUUUCCACAUCUUGUCCGAUGGCUUGUCACCUUCGAUCAAUCACAAGCUCUUUGGAGUCCAAUCUUCAUAAGAAAUCUAAACUACACAAGGAUGAAGCUUUACAACAUAUUUUCUUGAUGAACAACCUCCAUUACAUGGUUCAAAAGGUUAAGGGCUCGGAACUCAGGCCUUUCUUCGGAGACGAAUGGAUCCGUAAGCAUAACGCAAAGUUCCAGCAACACGAAAUGAACUAUGAGAGAGUCACUUGGAGUUCAGUAGUUUUGUUGCUGAAGGAUGAUAACCCUGGCUCGAGUUCCCUGUCAAAAUCUGCUUUCAAAGAAAAGUGCAAGGGCUUUAGCGUUGCCUUUGAGGAGGUAUACAAAAACCAAACAAGUUGGUGCAUCCCAGAUCCACAGCUUCGCGAAGAUUUGCGGAUUUCGACUUCACUUAAAGUAGUCCAUGCAUACCGGACUUUUCUUGGAAGAAAUCCUGCUCAUGUUGAUGAUAAAUGCAUUAAGCAUACUGUUGAAGAUGUCGAAAAAUUGCUCUUGGACCUUUUCGAAGGAUCACCAAGAUCGUUGCGCAAUUCACGAAGAAUGAUGAAGACAUAAGCUGUCAAGUUUUAGCCAUUUCUGGGUAUUUUCUUCUGAAUCAAGUCUGUAUUUUCGUAGAUAUAAAAUGUGAUUGUAAUUAACAUGUUUCGUUUCCAGAAUUUUCUGUUUCUGAUUGCUUAUGAUUGACUUUGCCUAUGUUUCUCUUGGCUUGAAAUAACAUUGUUAUAAACAUGCAUCAAUUCUAGGCAUAUGAUCCAGUUCAUUCUCUAGGUGUAA